CGUCAGACUCCAGAAGACAUCGCUGUGGUCGUGUGGGAUCUCUUCUGCCGGUCUAAUUUCACAUUGCGAAGAGUUUCCAUCAGGCCUUGCGCACAUCCUGAAGUGUGUUCACAAGAGUCGCAGCCCUGCAUUUCAAAACAGAGGACGAGCAUUUCGCCAUGAACUCUGACAUGGAUGGUGAUAUAGAAAAUCAGGUGGAGUUGGAGGAGAAGACCAGGCUUAUAAACCAGGUCCUUGAGUUGCAGAAUACUCUUGAGGAUCUCUCAGCUCGGGUGGAUGCAGUAAAAGAAGAAAAUCUGAAGUUAAAAUCAGAGAAUCAGGUUCUUGGGCAGUACAUUGAGAACCUCAUGUCGGCAUCUAGUGUGUUUCAGACCACUGACUCCAAGAGCAAACGGAAGUAAGAGAGCAUCCCUCGUGUAGACGGCAGCCCCACACAGAUAAACCCUUGCCAUAUCAGCUCAUUUAAAGUUCCCACUAGCAUUCAUUUGAUCCUUAUGCCACUAAGAUGGUAAAUGUUUACAUUUAUUUCAUGAUCAGUA